AGAAUUCAAAGCCUACCGAGUAGGUAGGCAUUCAUUAGAAUUCAGCGACUGGUAGCACAACCAACAUAGGUCACGCAUAAAAAGUUUAGCAAGUAAAGGCGUUACUAGCCCUUUCCGGGCAGUUUCACUUUUGACGCCGACAAAUGGCUGAUAGGGGACGAAAGGCGUUCCCAGUCUCAUCGCAUCUGUGCGAUGAGCGCUGGCAACGACACUGUAUGGAUCUUCACAAGCAGCGGCUUGCUGAUAUGAAGCACCGUAUCGAUAACACGAAGCCAGAGACGUUCGACUUGGUGCUCUCGAAGGGCAAGCGUCAAAUGCUGGACAAGGAGCGCCAGACAGAGGUCGACCGGGAGAACGCUAUUCUGCUGCAGAAAAUGGUACGCAUUAAGGAGCAGGAUACACGGGCGGUUUUCCGGCCAUGGACAGCGCGUUCAACCUUUCAAUGGAAGGUCGGGCAUUACUAUGACCCUGCAACCAACACAAAGACGCUCGACCACAUCAACCUCACCAGCAGCGUUUCGCCCCGCUCCAUCCACUACUUCGCGCUCACCCGCCCCGGCACCGCGCCGCCUGACGUCACAGCCCGCCUACGCGACAUGGAGAUCCAGGUCGACAAUACAAAGCUGCUGAGGGCCAUCACCACCAUGCGCUCACGGUACAGUGUAGAGAAGCUUGAGCGGCAGCACAACGAAGAGAGCAUCCUCGUCAACCGCAUCUCGAACUUCCGUGGACCGGAACACGCCAGGUACCACCCUCCGGGCCGCAGCACAAGCGCCACCCGCAACUCUGCCUACCUUGCUCCCCUGCCCGGCCGCUCAACCAGCACCAGCCGUCCGCUGCGGACUGCUCCCGCGCACCUGGGCU